UUCACAUUAACUACACCAAACACCACAAACCGCAGCAGACAUCCACGUGCCCUCAGUCAGAACACACACACACACACCCAGCCAGCCAGCCAGCACCCCAACACACGCGACCAUGUCAAACGAGCUUCUUGUGACGCAGAAGCAGGCAGACCUGGCUGCCCGCGCCUUGCUCCAGGUCAUCUCAAAGAGCCACCAGAGCAACCUCUUGCCAGAAGAACACAUCCUCUUCCUCACAAUCGGGCUCAAGAAGCUGCCCAAAACCAGCAAGCACCCCAAGCACAUUUCCCUCAAGCACAGCCUGGUGGAUUCCGAGACAAGCGAGGUGUGCAUGUUCACAAAGGAUCCACAGGAUGAGAUGGAGCAGCUGGUCCAGAAGGCGAUGCCCAAGCGCAAGAUCACCGUCAUCUCCGUCUCAAAGCUCAGGGAAGAGUAUCAGAGCUACGAGUCCAAGCGCCAUCUCUGCGCAAGCUUUGACAAGUUCCUCUGUGACGAUCGUAUUCUUCCCCUGAUGCCGCGGCUGCUGAGCAAGAAGUUCUACGACGCAAAGAAGUUCCCUGUUCCUGUGUCACUGGCGCGUGCCAAGGCGGCUGGCACCCGCAUCCACGCGGCCCUCCGCUCCACCCCGUUCCAGAUCAACGGCAUCUCCAUUGGCGUGCGCGUGGGCAACACUGGCAUGAGCCCCAAACAGAUUGCGGAGAACGUGGUGGCGGUCCUUGAGCAGGCAGUGCCACUGAUCCCGGGCAAGGCCGCAAACGUGCAGGGCGUGUUUAUCGCGGGCAACAACACGCUGGCGCUGCCGCUGUACCAGAGCGAGCCCACAGCCGCCGACGAGGGCGUGCUGUAUGAUCUGGGCCUUGAGGAGCAGCCCGCGAAGCGCAGCAAGCGCGGUGGCGACAACAAGCAGGGAGGCGCCGCUGCCACCGCUGCUGGUGUUGCUGGUGAGGGUGCCAAGCGCAAGGAGGUGACGAAGAAGGGCAAGAAGGGCAAGAAGGGCAAGAAGGACCAACAAGGACAACAAGGUCAGCAAGGACAACAAGGAGAAGAAGAGCGAGGGGAAGGUGGAGGCAGCUGCCAAGGCAACAAAUGGGAAGAAGAGCCAACAGCAGCAGAAGAAGCAGAAGGAUCAACCACAGAACAAGAAGCAGCAGCAGAAGAAGCAGCAGAAGAAGAACAGCAAGGAGGUGGUGACGACCCAGGGAGCGAGCGAUGCAGAGAAGAAGGAGCAGCCUGUCAAGGGCAAGCAGGGCAAGGCUGCCAAGGCGACAAACGGCGAGAGCGCUGCCAAGCAGCCGGAGAAGAAGAAGGCUGCAGCCAAGAAGUCUGCGGCGUCAGCGCCGGGCAGUGCACUCAAGGCGAAGAAGCAGCAGAAGGCGGGCAAGAAGGAGGCAGCCGCAACAGCACCUGCCACGCCGGCCAAGCUGAACAAGGCAAGCAUGAAGGCCAAGAAGACCCCAAAGAGCGCGGCAAAGGCAAAGGCAAAGAAGACCCCAAAACGCAAGGACUAGCUACACAUGCGUCUGCGAGUGUUUUCAUGUGUGCAUAGUAGUUGUGUGUGCGUAGUUGUGUGUGUAUGUGUGUGUGUGUUGAAGGCUUGUUUUGUUGUCACUGGACAUGUGGUUUGACACAGUUGCAAGUUUGGACGACGGUUGGCGGUGGUGGUGUUGAUGGAACAGGGACAACCCCUCUAUCUCGUGUCUUGCUUCGGCCCGUGCUGCACGUGUUGAUGAAAAUCAUGGAUAAACUUCCACAAAAUUCCAUA